UGAGAACUAACGAACUAUUAACUGUUAGGCUACUGUAGCGGUAGAGAAAGGUAGUCACGUGUCAUGAAAAGGGGCGUGCUGGGCUAUAACUGGGAAAUCGCAAUCCUUGCGUCGGGAGAUUGGCGUGACUUCUAUAUAGCCUGCAUUUUUGUUUCUUCGCGAUUCCGAUGCAAACAGUUAUUCAACAACGUAGUGCGGAUUUCAUUUCCAUCAUAGCCAAACUAAAAGGAUAAGGUUGCUGUAUUAAUUUACUAACUUGGAUAAAAUAAAUAAUAAUAAUCUUGGCUUAAUAUUGGUCAAUUUGUUUUUUAACUAUUAUAUGUGAUAAAUUCAGAUAAAAAUGGAUAAUGAAACAGGACUGGCCAUUUUAAGUGCCGUGUUAAAUGGUAUGUCGUACCCAAACCGAAUACUCACAACUGAAAACGAUAACUCGACUGGAAUUGACGUCAAGGAUCUGCACAAGAUUUUGUUGAAAGGAUGCCGUUACCCUCCGGAACUGGAAAACAAACCGGAUACUCCUGCAAAUGGUAAUAAAACAGAUAUCGAAAAUUGUAAAGAAACUGUCAAAGAACUCGGUAACGAAAACGUCAAACUUGAAGAUGCAGAGAAGUUUGUCAACAUUGACGUCUUCGUAGGGACUAUGGAAGUAAAACCACUUCCCUUAACUCUAAAACCCACGACGACGAUCGCAGAAUUAAAAGAAAUGAUAUCAUCGUCAAAGGAAAUUCCGCCAAACAGUCAACGCGUGAUUUUCGCCAUAAAUUUACACGAAAAUAUAAAUGUCGAUGACCAGAGCGCUUGAACUACAAUUGUCAAACAAGUUUAGCACAGCACUUGACUUACAAGUCUAACAACCUUUUCUUCUUACAGAGGUGGCAAAAAAUUGCGGUUAUCGUUAGAUAUAGUUUUCAUGACAAUUUUGUGUAUGUAUAAGAAAUACCCUGUACUCGUCGAGUUUCUAUUCUGCCUAGUUUUCAUGUUGAUAUGGAAAGAGAUAUCCAUUUUCGUCCAGGCAUUAACGCUGGCUCCCUUUGUCCCCACAUCCUGACCAACUACAUGAUGUUUUGUGUUUCAACUGUAAAUGAUGGAGGAUAUCGGGUUUACCACGUUUCCUAUACUGUUUAUCGCGUUUCCUGGCCAUUUAAUAACCGGACCAAAUGGAGAUAAAAAUACAACGAGUUAAGCAAA